CAGACGGGACUCAGAAACUCUGAGCUGCACGCACACACACACACACACACACACACACACCAUGCUGAGGCCUAAGGAUCUGUGUCAGGGAUCCGGCAUCAAAACCUUCCUGGAAGCCAUGCAGAGCGGGAAAGUCCACCUGGCCCGCUUCGUCCUGGACGCUCUGGACGGGAGGAUCAUCGACGGGAAAGCCGAAAACGGGCGAACGCUUCUGAUGUCCGCCGUGAGCCUUCAAGACCACGGCUGCCGAGCGAAGUUCGCCAAACUUCUUCUGGAAAAAGGUGCGGAUGUGAACGCGCGCGACGAUCGCGGGCGGACGGCUUUGAGCCUCGCGUGCGAACACGGCUUCCUGGAUUCGGUGAAGCUCCUGGUUCAGUUCAACGCCGACCCGGAGCUCACGGACACCUGGGGGAACAGUGCGCUGAUGUACGCCGCGUGCGGAGGACACAACCACGUUCUGGAGUUCCUGGUGCGGGCCUUCAAGAAGCUCGGGUUGCGACUGGACCUCACCAACCACGCCGGACACUCGGCCGUGCAAGUCGCCGAUUUCUUCGGGCACAACCAGUGCGUUCAAGCGCUCAGUGUAUGCGGGAAGAAGACGGUGAGUCCCACCAACAGCACUGGAGAACCCGCGGACGAUCUCCGGUGGCCCAAUCGGCUCCCGAAACACGUCCUGGAGCGGUUUUCCAAACAAAUCCAGAGCCGACAAGAGGAGCUCCUUCCGGCUUUGUUUCAGAGACAAAUGCGUCUCAGCGACAACCUACGAAUCCACUUCAGGCGUCCGCCGGCGUCCGACACCAAUCACGAUCUGAUGUUCGCUUCCAAACAGAUUCAAAACUCGGCGCUGAAGGAGGUCGGCGGAUCGUCGGACAUUGACGCGCCGCUCUGGGGGAAAGCCCGAUCGUUUAAUCCGGACCACCGGAAACAAUCCUACCAAGGAGACGUCCGCGAGAUCAACAGGUUUAAAAGAGCUUCGCUUCAGGACGAAAAACCUCUCGUGGCGAAGUUCUACGGCGCCACCGUCAACCUGGACGAGUCCCAGAGCUGGAGAGAUCCCAGAUCCUCCAGACAGAGCAGACUUCUGCCGGGUCGGGAAGAGCUGGAGCCGGAGCGGAUCAAACCUCGCUCGUCGGGGCUCUCGGGACUGGGGACGCGGCUCCUGCGCAGGUUCACGGCUCCCGAGUUCCUGAGGCACAGAGACUGUCCGAGCGGGAAAGGGAAGAUCUCUCGCUCCGAAACCUUCCCGUUCACACACACGCACGUGAGAGUGAACAGCCAGCCCAGCGUGGACGGCAUCAGCGCGGUGAGGUGCGAGUUCGAGAGUAGUUCAGCUCUUAAAUGAGGACGACUGCAGCACUGAAAGACCUGGGAAAUGAAAUCAAACUCUCACUGAGACCACUGGUCUUAUUAACAUUCUUAAAUCAUGUUUACUCUUUGAAAUCAGUUUAUUUUUCAGAUCCCCUCACUUUAAUAUUAACUGACACAGUAUUUUUGUUAAUCCUUGUUAAUGUUAGUUAUUAAAAAUCCAGCUGUUUGUUUGUGUUAGUUCAUGCUUUUGAUAACGUAUUAGUAUGUUGAAAUAUAAAGUCAGAUUAAUAGAAGUAGAAAUGAAGAGUUCAGAUGCAAAAGCCUCUACAUUUUCUUCUAAAAU